AUGUCAAGGCAACUAAACGCAAAUUCCAACCUCAAGAGACCGACGAAUAUUCUUGUUCCUUACCAAAGUAAUUCAAGAAAAGAUAGCUAAUAAAUAGUGAAAAGGAAAUAUGACUAUCAUAUCCAGGUUGCUGCCAGCAAUUCACGCCAGUAGAAAUGCUCAAGUAUUUCCUGCCGCUGUACAAACAGUGAGAUUAAGAUGUAUUCGAUUAUACGCCACUGAGAAUAACCAGAAGGGUCUAGCUAGAAGCCAAGAAAGAGCUGAUGUGUCUACGGAUGUGCGUCCUAUUGGGGAAAAGGUUAAAGAGGCUACGAAAACUGCGUCUUACACUGGCGUUAUUCUAGUCGGUCUUGGAGUCACGGGGAUUAUCUUUUUCUACGUGUUCAGGGAGCUAUUUUCAAGCAAUAGCCCCAAUAGCAUUUACUCACAAGCUUUAGAAAAGUGCAAGAAUGAUCCAAGGGUAGAAGAUGAGCUUGGCUCUCCAAUUAAGGGAUAUGGGGAAGAAACAACCAGAAGAAGACGCACACAUGUGAGCCAUGCUGUGUAUGAAAAGGAUGGAGCUAAACACAUGCGCAUGAGAUUCUACAUCAAAGGAAUCAGGAACAAAGCUAUUGUGGAGUUAGAUGCAAAACAGAAUGAUUAUGGUAAUUAUCUAUUCCGCUACCUACUGGUGCAGCUGGACGAUUAUACUGGCAGAACUUUCAUCAUAGAAGACAACAGGGCAGAACUUGAUAACCCUAAUAAAUCCGUUCUAUCAACUGAACUACCAACUUUAUCUCUAAGCAACCAAUGAUACUCGCAACUGCCAAGAAUGCAUCCUGUACAGUGUAAAUCAUAGUUAAGUAGAAAUUUAAAAAAUGCGUAAUGAAAAAUAAAACAAUAAAUUAUAAA